UAUGCGCCAGUGCCCCGGUGACAGCGGGACAUGGAGAGGGGAAGUCUGCGUUGUACAUAAGGACCUAGGGACUCCGAGCUUGGCCUGAGAACCCUUGGACGCCGAGUGCUUGCCUUACGGGAUGCGCUCCUCAACUCUGCUCCAAAGCAGUCGCUGAGCUCAACUCCUGCGUCCGGGGCGGUUCGCUGCGCGCCAGGACGCGGUUAGUACCCAGUUCCUGGGCUCUCUCUUCGGCAGCUGCUUUGAAAGCUCCCACGCACUUCCCGCAGGCUAGCCUGGGAACAAAACCGGGGUAAACCGUGUUCUCUUAGGUCUUGUCCCCCAGAACAUGAUCUAGAGGUACCUGCGCAUGCAGAUGGCCGAUGCAGCCACGAUAGCCACCAUGAAUAAGGCAGCAGGCGCGGACAAGCUAGCAGAACUCUUCAGUCUGGUCCCGGACCUUCUGGAGGCGGCCAACACGAGUGGUAACGCGUCGCUGCAGCUUCCGGACUUGUGGUGGGAGCUGGGGCUGGAGUUGCCGGACCGCGCGCCGCCAGGACACGCCCCGGGCAGCGGCGGGGCAGAGAGCGCGGACACCGAGGCCCGGGUGCGGAUUCUUAUCAGCGUGGUGUACUGGAUGGUGUGCGCCCUGGGGCUGGCGGGCAACCUGCUGGUUCUCUACCUGAUGAAGAGCAUGCAGGGCUGGCGCAAGUCCGCUAUCAACCUCUUCGUCACCAACCUAGCGCUGACGGACUUUCAGUUUGUGCUCACCCUGCCCUUCUGGGCGGUGGAGAACGCUCUUGACUUCAAAUGGCCCUUCGGCAAGGCCAUGUGUAAGAUCGUGUCCAUGGUGACGUCCAUGAACAUGUACGCCAGCGUCUUUUUCCUCACUGCCAUGAGUGUGACGCGCUACCAUUCGGUGGCCUCGGCUCUGAAGAGCCACCGGACCCGAGGACACGGCCGGGGCGACUGCUGCGGCCGAAGCCUGGGGAACAGCUGCUGCUUCUCGGCCAAGGCGCUAUGUGUGUGGAUCUGGGCUUUGGCCGCGCUGGCCUCGCUGCCCAGUGCCAUUUUCUCCACCACGGUCAAGGUGAUGGGCGAGGAGCUGUGCCUGGUGCGCUUCCCGGACAAGUUGCUGGGCCACGACAGGCAGUUCUGGCUGGGCCUCUACCACUCGCAGAAGGUGCUGCUGGGCUUCGUGCUGCCGCUGGGCAUCAUUAUCUUGUGCUACCUGCUGCUGGUGCGCUUCAUCGCCGACCGCCGCGUGGCGGGGACCAAAGGAGGGGCCGCGGUAGCCGGAGGAGGCCCGGCCCGAGCCAGCGCCCGGAGACUGUCGAAGGUCACCAAAUCAGUGACCAUCGUUGUCCUGUCCUUCUUCCUGUGUUGGCUGCCCAACCAGGCGCUCACCACCUGGAGCAUCCUCAUCAAGUUCAACGCGGUGCCCUUCAGCCAGGAGUAUUUCCUGUGCCAGGUAUACGCGUUCCCUGUGAGCGUGUGCCUGGCGCACUCCAACAGCUGCCUCAACCCCAUCCUCUACUGCCUAGUGCGCCGCGAGUUCCGCAAGGCGCUCAAGAGCCUGCUGUGGCGCAUCGCGUCUCCUUCGCUCACCAGCUUGCGCCCCUUCACCGCCACUACCAAGCCGGAGCACGAGGAUCAGGGGCUGCAGGCCCUGGCGCCGCUCCACGCGGCCGCGGAGCCGGACCUGCUCUACUACCCACCUGGCGUCGUGGUCUACAGCGGGGGGCGCUACGACCUGCUGCCCAGCGGCUCUGCCUACUGACGCGGGCCUCAGGCCCAGGGCGCGCCGUCGGGGCAAGUUGGCUUUCCCUGGGCGGUAAAGAGGUGAACGGAUUAAGGAGGGCUGGGGGGGCCCUAUUUAAGAAGUAGGUGGGAGGAGGAUGGGCAGAGCAUGGAGGAGGAGCCUGUGGAUAGGCCGGAGGACCUUCUCUGGAGAGCAGAUGCUUCGAAAUCAGGUGGAGAGAGGAAACUGGCAAAGGGGCAGAGACCAGCCCCACGGGCUAGACAGGCAACCUCCGCUCCGCACCCCACAGCCUCUCCUUACUCUUCCCAAGCUGGGCAGUGUGGGGGCGCCCAGAAGCGAAGAGAAGCAGCAAAAAUGUAGAGAAAUUGGCACGGGGAGCGGGGCUUAGCCAAAUGAUGCGCAGACAAUUGUGCCCGUUUAUUCCAGCGACUUCUGCGGAGAGGGCAGCCGUCGGCACAAACUCUCCUUUGCGUCUUGGCAAACGAGAUUGCAGCAGCGCCAAGGUCCUACUUGCUGCGGGGCUGCCCCAGGAAUCUAGAGCUGGUAGGCAAGAAACGCUUUUGGAGUUAAGAAAAAGAACUGACCAUCCUGGUCCGCCACCAGGAGAAACGGCAAAGGAAAGCCACCUCCAAUGGAGUCAUUAUGACAAUUAUCAUUCCGGACUGGGCCAGCGGGAACACCCGGAGCCCGACCUAGCUGCACAGCCCCGGAGCUCAGACGUUGGCAGGGGGAUAACACCUGUCACCAGCUUGGGAGAGCGAUUCUCUGGGGAGUGUCGUC